AGGAAAGAGAAUGUAUACAGACAAUGUAAAUGCAAAAACUUGAAAACUUCAGUUAUUGUUGAGCAAACACCAUGAAUCCUUGGAACACCCAAGGCCAUUGCGGCUGCUCCUGCCACCAGAAGAAAAUAUAUAAUCAACAAAGGAAAAUUAUCGCAAAACUUAGACGCGUUUUAAGAAGCCGCACUUGUGGUUCACCAUAUCAGCAUAAUGGGCUACAACAACACUAUUGUGUGCCUCAAUUUCAACAGUCCGGACCGCAACUUCAUCAGUUCGGACCGCAACUUCAACAGUGCGGGCCAAACCGUCUGCAAUUUCAACAGUUCGGGCCCCAACUUCCGCAACACCAACAAUUCGGGCCGCAACUUUCGCAACACCAACAGUUCGAGCCGCAACUUCUGCAACAACAACAGUUCGGGCCGCAGCUUCAACGAUGUGGGCCGCAAUUUCAACAGUGCGAGCCAGCACCAUGGUAUCACUACCAAAGUUCACCACAGUGGCAAUGGGUACCGUCAGUUGCACUGUACGCAACCGCAGCAAUACCAUCAGCUGCACCAGUAACACCCUCAGUUGCACCAGAAUCAGCAUCAGUUGCACCAGCAACACCAUCAGUUGCACCAACUGCAGCAAGAACAACCCCAGCAACAAUAAAAGAAGAGUGGAAUAGUGCAGCAGCAACAGCAACAGUAACAAUAAAAGAAGAGUAAAGUUAUGUACUUACUUACAGCUGAGCUGGAAAAGAAUUUAAUUAUAUUAAAAUUAUUUUAAAUUAUAAUUAAUAUAUAAUAUUAAAAUAUAAU